GGAGGAGGAACAUCUGGCCACGCCCACUUCACUCUGCAUCUCAGAAGCAGCAAAGAACACAGACAGACACACACACAGACAGAGACACACACACAGACAGAGACACACACAGACAGACACACACACAGACAGAGACACACAGACAGAGACACACACUGACAGACACACACAGAGACAGACACACACAGAUAGACAGAAACACACACUGACAGACACAGAGACACACAGAUACACAGAGACAGACAGACACACACACACACACAGAUACACACACAGACAGUGACACCCACAGAGAGACACACACACAGAGAAAGACACACACACACACACACACACAGAGACACACACAGACAGACACACACACACACACUAGGGCUUUGUGUUACUGAGCUGAAGAUUAGCACAUUAGCUAUGUGUGGUAUGUGACACGCCCCCUGCAGGCCACAUCACUUCCUGACUGUCACAGUGUAUGUGGUCACAUGACCUCUGACCUGUAAACAAACAAAAGGGGUUUGAAUUAAAAUGUGUGUGUGAGUGUGUGAGUGAAAGCUGUUACAGCAGGAGCUCCUCCUCCUCCUCAUAGUUGUGGUGUUCUCAUGAUGAAGUCUGCUGCUGUUUUCCUGCUACUCUGUUUGUCCUCAGGACAGUGUCAGGUGUUGGGGGACAGUGGACGGGGGACAGACCUGUCUGUCCUCUGGGAUGAGCUGCAGGGUGUGAGACAGCUGGUGCUGAGCGUGAGGGCGGAGGAGGUGGAGCGGCGACAGGUUCUCAGGAGUCUGGAGAUUCGUGUGAGGGACAGAGAGGAGGACGCCGAGCAGCAGAGACGCAGCCUGGACCACCUGAGGGACACGGGUGUCCAACUCUGCUCAGACAUGAGGCGGAGCCUGGAGGAGCGGAGUGAAGAAAUGUCAGCGCUGCAGUCGAGGCUGAACCUCAGUGAGAGCUCAGUGGAAAACCUGUGGAAGAAGAACACAGCACUGGCAGCAGAGCUACUCUUCCUGCAGACACGACUGAGGUCCAGUGAACGCACCGUGGAGCAGCUGAGGAGGGAGAACGAAGGUCUCUCUCUCAGACUCUGCAGCAGCGAGACUCUGCUGGACGAACUGAGGAGACACUCGUCGGCCUCCAACAAUUUGACAGAAAACUCUGAUCAGAUCGACUCAUACUCUGAAGAGGUGAUGAACAGACUGAACUUCACUGAGCUGCUCCUCCAUCAACUCAACAGCCGCUCUGCAGAACAAAGGAUUUUCCUGAGGGACGUAGAGAAACGAGUGGACGAGCUGAAGACGCAAGCGACAGACGAGGUCGCAGUUGUGAACGAGCGACUGAGUGACGGCGAGCGACGGCGACACGAGCACCUGACACGAACCACAGAUCUGGAAGAAGAUGUGUCAGAGCUGAAGAAUCGACUUCUGCACCUGGAGACCAACCACACAGAGGCGGAGCUCAGAGUAAACAUCUGUGAGGAACAUCUGGAGAACGUGAAGACCCGACAAACAGUUCAGUCUUCGAUGGAGUCCAGGCUGAAUGACAGCAACAGCGCCACCACAGACUUGUUGAGAAGAGUCAGCGUUGGUGAGAAGCAGCUGGACGAGCUGAAGACUCGACUCUCAGCUCUGAGUUUGAGUCUGAACGUCACCAACGAUCGACUGCAGCAGGCCGCCGCCCACAGCUCAGUUGGACUGAAGGUGGCGUUCUCAGCUGCACUCACUGACUCUGGCACAGUUGGACCCUUUGAUCAAGAGACGACUCUGAUCUUUUCCAAAAGCAUCAGUGAUGUGGGUGGAGCCUACGACACGGCUGCAGGUGUCUUCACGGCUCCAGUCACAGGCAUUUACUUCUUCAGCUUCACAGCAGCAGAUUACCUGAAAGGAUACAUGGGUCUGUACCUGGUCAUGAACGAGCAGCCAAUCAUCUUCAACCUGAAGCUGAACGACCACGGCGGCUACACCUGCACGUCCGGGGGUGUGGCUCUGCGGCUGGACGAGGGCGACCGCGUCCGCCUCACUCUGCCAGCGACCUAUCGACUCUACGACGACUCGAGGAAUUUCAGCGUCUUCUCUGGAUUCCUGCUGUUCUCGCUGUGAUGGUCCCAGGACCCGGGUACGAGUGAGACCUCCUGUCAGCACUUAACUAUUGUUCCUGUCUUCUGAUUUUAGACAUUUGACCGUUAUAAUCUUAAUCUGUUUGUCUCUGCGAUCGGCAGCAGCCAUUUUGUUGUC